AAUAUCCAUAAACCAAGAUGACUGUUCCACAGUGAGGCCUGACGCCAUGGAAGCUCUGCAACUCCACGCCCACCCUCUCCCUCUUCGCCCUGUUGCCAAAUUCGAACCAGACACCGACAAGAUUCGCCGCAACCUCCUCCAAAAGGGUGUCCACCCCACACCCAAAAUCGUCCACACAAUCCGCAAGAAAGAAAUCCAAAAACACAACCGAAAGCUGAAACGACAAGCCAUAGUUUCCCCUCCACUCUCAGAAUCUCAAACCAAAGCCUUGUCGGAAGAGCAACACUUCCAGGAACUGAAGCACGAGUAUAAGGAGUUCACAAGAGCAGUUGAACGAGAGAGCGUGGGGUUGUCUGUUGUGGGGAAGCCAUGGGAAGGGAUUCAAAGGGUUGAAUUCUUGGAGCGUACGAGGGGGAAUGGGGAGUAUGGAGGAGAGAAGCUCAAGAGGGAGAGUUUGAAUGAGCUGAAGGAGAUGUUCCAAGCGAGAAAGAUGGAUCAGUUGAAGUGGGUUUUUGAUGAUGACAUUGAAAUCAAUGAGCAUUGGUAUAAUGAGAGCUAUGGCCUUCUGAAACGGACUCAAAAGCGUAGCGAGGUUGAGGUUAUCAGGUUCCUUGUUGAGAGGUUGAGUGAUAGGGAGAUAACGACCAAGGAUUGGAAGCUUUCGAGGUUAAUGAAGCUGUCCGGGUUGCCAUUCACCGAGGGGCAGUUGUUGAGGAUUCUUGAAAUGCUUGGUCUUAGGGGUUGUUGGAAGCAAGCUCUUUCUGUGGUUCAAUGGGUGUACAAUUAUAAGGAUCACCGGAAGUACCAAAGCAGGUUUGUAUACACUAAACUUCUUGCAGUUCUGGGGAAGGCAAGAAGACCAAAGGAAGCCCUUCAAAUUUUCAAUUUGAUGCGUGGAAAUAUCGAUGUCUAUCCUGAUAUGGCUGCAUAUCACAGCAUUGCUGUUACUCUUGGUCAAGCCGGUCUUCUGAAAGAGUUGCUGAAUAUUGUGGAAUGCAUGAAGCAGAAACCCAAAACAUUUAAAUUUAAGUACAGCAAGAACUGGGAUCCAAUUAUUGAACCUGAUAUAGUUAUAUAUAAUGCUGUACUUAAUGCUUGUGUUCCAUCAAAACAGUGGAAAGGCGUGUCAUGGGUUUUUAAGCAAUUGAAGAAGAGUGGUCUGAAACCUAAUGGAGCAACUUAUGGACUUGCAAUGGAGGUAACGAUGCAAUCGGGAAACUAUGACCUUGUCCAUGAAUUAUUUGGACAAAUUAGGAGAAGUGGGGAAGUUCCAGAAGCCCUUACAUAUAAAGUGUUGGUGAGAACUUUCUGGAAGGAAGGUAAAGUUGAUGAAGCUGUGGAAGCUAUCAGGGAAAUGGAAAAAAGAGGAGUUAUAGGAACAGCCAGUGUAUAUUAUGAGUUAGCCUGUUGCCUUUGCUACUAUGGGAGGUGGCAAGAUGCUAUUCCAGAGGUUGAGAAGAUUAGAAGACUUCCUCGUGCUAGGCCUUUGGAGGUUACUUUUACUGGCAUGAUUAAGUCUUCCAUGGAUGGUGGACAUAUUGAUGAUUGUGCAUGUAUUUUUGAAUGCAUGAAAGACCACUGUUCUCCUAACAUAGGGACCAUAAAUACCAUGCUGAAAGUUUAUGGCCAGAAUGAUAAGUUUUCUAAAGCUAAAUUUUUAUUUGAGGAAGUUAAGGUAGCCACAUCAGAUUUUAAUGCCAGCUCGGGAGGUGGUAAUAGCUCUCUUGUCCCAGAUGCAUACACAUAUAACUCAAUGUUGGAAGCAUCUGCUAGUGCACACCAGUGGGAAUACUUUGAGCAUGUGUACAGAGAAAUGAUUCUCUCAGGUUAUAAUUUGGAUCAAAAUAAGCACAUGUCCUUACUUGUUAAAGCUUCAAGAGGUGGCAAGUUGCAUCUACUGGAGCAUGCAUUUGACAUGCUUCUGGAAGCCGGAGAAGUUCCUCAUCAUCUUUUCUUUUUUGAAUUGGUGAUUCAAGCAAUAGCUCAACAUAACUAUGACCGAGCUGUCAUCUUAGUCAACACCAUGGCUUAUGCGCCGUUCCGGGUGACAGAAAAGCAAUGGACAGAUUUGUUUAAGGAAAACAAUGACAGAAUUAGUCAUGAAAAUCUAGAGCGGUUGUUGGAUGCUCUCGGUAAUUGUGAUGUUGUAUCAGAAGCAACGGUCUCCAAUUUAUCAAGAUCAUUGCACCGUCUUUGUGGAUUAGGUACAUCGAGAAACAUCUCUAGUAUCAUUCCUUUGGAAAGUAAAACUACUGUGGAUGGUCUGAAUGAGGGAAUUGAUGAUGGUGGAGAUGGAAAUGCACAGAAUAUUUCAGGGAGAAUGACGAUUGAAGGUGCUGAUUCUAGGUUUGACAUUCUUGGUGGUAGUUACCACGCCGAACCAGAUACUUUUACCUUAAAUCUUGAUCAAGUUGUCGCUGAAGAUGAUAAUGAUGCCAUGGUUGGCAGGCAACAAAGUUUUGGUAUUGAAGAAAGAACAAGUUUACGGGCUGAUAGGCUGGAAUUUGCUGAUGAUCUGGCACUUGACGAGCCUUCUAAUGGUUCCGAUGAGGAGCUAUGGGAUGAUGGAAGUUCUGAAGAUGAUGAUGAUGAGGGGGAAAUUGACAAGCCCUUAGCAUAUGAAAUACUAGAAGCAUGGAAGGAAAUGAGAAAGGAGGAUAAUGGUUUGUUGAACUCUCAACUUGGUUGUGAGCUUGUGGCCAGUGACAGCAAAUUACUGUAGUCUGUACAUGUACUAGCUGAACAGGGAAAAAGAAAAUUGCAAACAAUGUUCACUGCAAAUUAGCUUAUGUUAUUUAAGUGAUAUCUGCAUCUUAAAUUUUGUCUGCAGAAGAACAUUGUACUAUUGUUCAAGCAUAAUUCGUUUUGUCCAUAGAACUUUUUCAAAUUGUAUGUGAUGUGUGCAUUCAAAUCGACUCA